CCAGUGCUCCGUGCCCUGCAUCCCUCGCUCCGCGGUUGCCGCUGUCCCUCGGCCGGCGGUGGGAGGCCGCAGAACGCUUCGCUGGAAAUCUGUGAGAAGAAAUAUCGGCAAGAGUAAAGAUGGCCCAGUUUUCCAAAUCCAGAAGAGUAAAUAUUUCUAGUUCUCUGGAAUCGGAAGAUAUUAGUUUAGAAACUACGGUGCCUACGGAUGACGUUUCUUCAUCGGAAGAAAGAGAUGGGGCCGUUAAAAUCACCAGGCAGCUUAUUGAAAGAAAAGAACUACUUCAUAAUCUUCAGUUGUUGAAAAUAGAGCUAUCUCAGAAAAACCUGAUGAUUGAUAACUUGAAAGUGGAAUAUAUUACAAAAAUUGAAGAAUUGGAGGAGAAACUUAACGAUGCUCUUCAUCAAAAGCAAUUGUUAACGUUAAGACUGGACAGCCAAUUGACUUUGCAGCAAGAAGAUGCCAGAAAGCACCAGGAACUAAUGAAACAGGAGAUGGAAACCAUCUUAUUGAGGCAGAAACAACUGGAAGAGACUAAUCAUCAGUUAAGAGAACGGGCUGGAGACAUCCGUCGUAGUUUGCGUGACCUCGAGUUGACUGACGAUCACUAUGCCAAACUGAAGAUUCUUUCUGAAGAUCAACUUUCCAUUCCUGAAUAUGUCUCUAUUCGUUUCUACGAAGUAGUUACCCCACUAAAAAGAGAAAUAAGUGAACUCCAAGUGAAAAAGGUUGACCUGUCGGAAGAAUUAAAUGACACAAAAUCCCAACUGAAGCGACUGGCGGAGAACUAUGAAGAUGAGCGACGAAAUCACUCUGAUCUUCAGUUUAGAUGCCAACGCUUGGCAUUGGAAUUAGCAGAUACAAAACAGUUAAUACAACAAGGAGACUACAGGCAGGAAAACUAUGAUAAAGUUAAAUGUGAACGGGAUGCACUGGAAUUUGAAGUAUCGGAGUUUAGAAGAAAACAUGAAAUAUUGGAAGUGUCUCACAAAACCCAAGCUAAAGAAAGAAGUGAUUUAUCUAAAGAGGUUGCAACCUUACAGCAGUCUGUUACUUUGCUGCAAAAGGAUAAAGAAUACCUCAAUCGCCAAAAUAUGGAGCUCAGUGUGCGCUGUGCCCAUGAAGAAGAUCGCCUAGAAAGACUUCAGAUUCAGCUGGAUGAAGCCAAAAAAGCUAGAGAGGAGAUGUAUGAAAAAUAUGUUACAUCCAGAGAUCACUAUAAAACAGAAUAUGAAAACAAACUACGGGAUGAACUGGAGCAAAUCCGACUGAAAACAAAUCAAGAAAUUGAGAAACUUCGAAGUACUUCCAAAGAGAUGUAUGAACGUGAAAAUAGGAAUCUAAGAGAAGCAAGAGAUAAUGCUGUGGCUGAAAAAGACCGGGCAGUUUGGGCUGAAAAAGAUGCUGCAGGAAAAUAUGAUCAACUCUUAGAACAGUACCGGCAACUACAACUCAGUGCCGAAAGCAAAGUGGCUGAAUUUCUUCAUCAGAGUAAACUAAAAUCUUUUGAGAAUGAGCGUGUUCAACUUGUACAAGAAGAAACAUCAAGAAACCUCAUACAGUGUCAACUGGAAUGUGAAAAAUAUCAGAAAAAAUUGGAGGUUUUAACAAAAGAAUUUUAUGGUCUUCAAGCCUCCUCUGAAAAACGCAUUACUGAGCUUCAAGCACAAAAUUCUGAGCAUCAAGCAAGACUAGACAUUUACGAGAAACUGGAAAAAGAGCUGGAUGAGAUUACAAUGCAGAGUGCAGAAAUGGAAAAUGAAGUCGAGGCAGAAAGAGUUCUCUUCUCUUAUGGCUACGGCGCUAAUGUACCGACUACGGCCAAAAGACGACUAAAGCACAGUGUCCACUUGGCAAGAAGACUGCUUCAGCUAGAAAAGCAAAACUCUUUGCUUGUAAAAGACCUGGAACAUCAAAAGAAACAAGUAAUGCAGAUUUCACAAGAGCUUGAAAAUGCCAACUCUUUGUUGAACCAGGCACAGCAACCUUACAGCUAUCUCAUUGAGUCUGUGCGUCAGAGAGAUUCUCAGAUUCAGUCACAGAAUGAGCAGAUUGCAGAACUCAAGAAAGAUGUCAGCAAUUUAAAUAAAGAAAAGACAGCUUUACUACAGGUGAAGAACCAGAUGGCAGCCGAUUUAGAACGACUUCUAAAUCAUAGGGAGGAAUUGGCAGCAAUGAAACAAAUACUAAUUAAUCUUCGUGGUAAGGGCCAAGGAGAACCAAGCAUUGUGAAUGAAAACCAGAAAUCAAAGCCAGUAAAUGUGACUAUAGAACAUGGAGAAGAAAAUAUAUUUUUACCCAAACCAACGUUGUUUGUGAGACGUCUGAAACCACGGUCUGCCUUGUCAUUAACAACCGAAUGGCUUCCCAGGAUGUUCAUGGACAAAAAUUCACCUCCCCAUAACUGCACCUAAGGGGUGGAUUGCAGUGUCUCCGUCUCAGGGCUACCGUUUGUGUCUGCAGCUUGUGAACUAUCUGGUGAGACUUUAGGGGGGCAGUUGUA